GGCCGGGGCGGGGCCAGGCCGGCCGGAGGGGAGGGCCCAGCGGCGGCCCCCGGCGAGGUUCACUGCGCUUGCGCUGAUAGACGCAAGAUGGCGGACAGUGCGGAACUAAAGCAAAUGGUUAUGAGCCUUAGAGUUUCUGAACUCCAAGUACUGUUGGGCUACGCUGGGAGAAACAAGCACGGACGUAAGCACGAACUUCUCACAAAAGCCCUGCAUUUGCUGAAGGCUGGCUGUAGUCCUGCUGUACAAAUGAAAAUCAAAGAACUCUAUAGGCGGCGGUUCCCGCAGAAAAUCAUGACGCCAGCGGACUUAUCAAUCCCCAAUGUACAUUCAAAUCCUAUGCCAGCAACUUUGUCUCCAUCUACCAUUCCACAACUCACUUACGAUGGUCACCCUGCAUCAUCACCGUUACUCCCCGUUUCUCUUCUGGGACCUAAACAUGAACUGGAACUCCCACAUCUUACGUCAGCUCUCCACCCAGUCCAUCCGGAUAUAAAACUUCAAAAAUUGCCAUUUUAUGAUUUACUGGAUGAACUGAUAAAACCCACCAGUCUAGCAUCAGACAACAGUCAGCGCUUCCGAGAAACCUGUUUUGCAUUUGCAUUGACACCGCAGCAAGUGCAGCAGAUCAGUAGUUCCAUGGAUAUUUCCGGGACCAAAUGUGACUUCACAGUGCAGGUCCAGUUAAGGUUUUGUUUAUCAGAAACCAGCUGCCCACAAGAGGAUCAUUUCCCACCUAAUCUUUGUGUGAAAGUGAAUACGAAACCUUGUAGCCUUCCAGGUUAUCUUCCACCUACUAAAAAUGGUGUGGAACCAAAGCGACCCAGCCGGCCAAUUAACAUAACUUCACUUGUCCGAUUGUCCACAACAGUACCAAACACCAUCGUUGUCUCUUGGACUGCAGAAAUUGGAAGAACCUAUUCCAUGGCAGUAUAUCUUGUAAAACAGUUGUCCUCAACAGUUCUUCUUCAGAGGUUACGAGCAAAGGGAAUAAGGAAUCCGGAUCAUUCUAGAGCUUUAAUAAAAGAGAAAUUGACUGCAGAUCCAGACAGUGAAAUAGCUACGACCAGCCUAAGGGUGUCCCUGCUGUGCCCACUUGGUAAAAUGCGGCUGACGAUUCCGUGCCGGGCGCUUACCUGUUCCCACCUGCAGUGCUUUGAUGCAACUCUUUACAUUCAGAUGAAUGAGAAAAAACCAACCUGGGUCUGUCCUGUCUGUGAUAAGAAGGCUCCGUAUGAACACCUUAUUAUUGAUGGCUUAUUUAUGGAAAUCCUAAAAUACUGUACAGACUGUGACGAAAUACAGUUUAAGGAGGAUGGCUCCUGGGCACCCAUGAGGUCGAAAAAGGAAGUGCAGGAAGUGUCUGCGUCCUACAAUGGCGUUGAUGGAUGCCUGACCUCAACGUUGGAGCAUCAGGUGGCUUCUCACCACUCGUCCUCAAAUAAAAACAAGAAGGUGGAGGUGAUCGACCUAACCAUCGACAGUUCCUCCGAUGAAGAGGAGGACGAGCCGCCUGCCAAGAGGGCUUGUCCUUCUCUUUCUCCCACAUCACCACUAAAUAAUAAAGGCAUUUUAAGUCUUCCACAUCAAGCAUCUCCAGUAUCCCGCACCCCCAGCCUUCCUGCUGUAGACACAAGCUACAUCAAUACUUCCCUCAUCCAAGACUACAGGCAUCCUUUCCACAUGACACCCAUGCCUUACGACUUACAAGGAUUAGAUUUCUUUCCUUUCUUAUCAGGAGACAAUCAGCAUUACAACACCUCCCUGCUGGCCGCCGCCGCCGCCGCCGUCUCAGACGAUCAGGACCUCCUGCACUCGUCAAGGUUUUUUCCGUACGCCUCCUCGCAGAUGUUUCUCGAUCAGUUAAGCGCAGGAGGCAGCACUUCUCUGCCCACCACCAACGGGAGCAGCAGCGGCAGCAACAGCAGCCUUGUGUCCUCCAACAGCCUGAGGGAGAGCCACAGCCACACAGUGGCCAGCAGGAGCGGCACGGACACAGCAUCCAUCUUCGGCAUCAUCCCGGACAUUAUCUCGUUGGACUGAGCCCCGGGCUCUGCCGCGGCCGUCUGCAGCCCGGAGCCCAUGAACUCGGCAGAAAGAAGAGAACUUCGUGCUCUGUUUUACCUUAUUCUGUUUAGAGAAGUACACAGCGUGGUUUUUUUUUUUUUUCCUUUUUUUAGGGAAAAAAUUAAAAAGAAAUGUACAGAGAACAAAACUAUAUUUUCAGUUUUACUUUUGUAUAUAAAUCUAAGACUGCCUGUCUGAUAAACACUUAUUAAAAAAAAAAAAAAAGAAAAGAGAAAAAACAAGCACCCACAACCACCUUCAGUUCAUUGUUUUUCUGGAUUCUGAAGAUUUUUCAUCAUUUGUCCUCCAGUUUUGGUUUUAUUUUACUUCAAUGGCAUUAUUUUAUUUGCAAUAACAGAAAAGGAAUUGCAUGUAUGAAGUUUUAAAUUGUGGGCUUUGUUGUGGGAGGGGUGUGGGGGGGAUAGUUUGAUUUCCAUUUUCUAAAAGUGACACACUUGGAUUCUGUGUGUGUGUGUGUGUGUGUGUGUGUGUGCGCGCACGCACGCGCGUGCGUGCAUAUUCAUUUUAUCCAGCCUUAAGUUAUAAGUUUCAUCUGUCCCACUGCAUUCCCAUGUAUUUCCAGGACAUAGCUUGUGUGCGCGUGUGUCCCGUGUGUGUGGCCGUGUGUAUUUUUCUGUCAUUCCUGUGCCCUCUCCUCCCAAGUUUGUACUCAGUUCACACAUCAGUCGCCUGUGUCUUUUAAAUGCUUUGAAGGUCUUGAACUCCCGCCCGAGCCUCUUUUCUCAGCCUUGCCAGUUGCAUGUUCUCAUCCUGGACGCAUUCCCUCCCCUUUGCCCCGUAGAGACAGUGGAGUCGGGCCGUCUGGGUGAGGAGUGGGCUUGGCAGACCUAGUCGAGGGUCCCCAACCUGAAUCGCCAGUCUUGUGUGUUCCCACCAAGUCUGUGAAUGCCUGCUCAUCUGGCCACAGGAUAACAGGUGUUCACGGAAGUUCUUCAUGCCAAAGUAGGAAGUCCUGAUGGGUGGCAGGUGCCAUGGAGGUAAGAUUUCGUCACCUCAGAGAGAAAGAAGAGUCAGUUAUCCUGAAAGUGAAUUCCGUUAGGGAGAUGUAGAGUACCACCAUGUCCUUCUGGGGGAGUCUGUUGGAUAAGCAGUUGCGACUUCAGAGUGGAUUUCAUCCUUGGUCAUUCUCACUGGUUCUGAGAGUACUUAGUGUGUCUGCCUGGUUCAUGUUUCCUUUAUCUGUUCAUGACAGGCAUGUCAUGGACAAGCAUGUCAUUGGUGCAUCAGUCUGAUCUGCCCUUACUAAUGGAACAUGUAAAUAUUGAAAACUGUUUUAAGGAGAUGAGUAAGGGCUGGGGGGGCAGGAAAAGUGGUUGCACGUGUGUUCCAACGUCCUCGUUGGGGAAAGCAUGAUGGCUUCCGCCAUGGGCAGUGUCUUUCAGCUGACUGAAAGUGUAGGUGUAACAAAAAAAAGGCUAAUGGAAGGGUGGAGUUCCCAGACCGGGUUUUCUGUAUCCCAGCUGUUGAUGUGAUCAGAGCUGAUGAAGGACCACCUUUAUGUAUAAACUUGUCUUUUCAGAUCUCACGCUGAUAACAAAAUGACCUACUUUAACCCAAGUAGACUUCAAGAUGGCUGUGUCUUCAGCUGUGUGAUAAGGUUCAUGAGUGUGUGGCAUCUAAAAACAAUGUUUUUACAGCAUCUCUGCUACUAAGUUGUUGACUUGAAUUUUGAAAAACAAAGUUGGUGUUGAUAUGUAUAUGUGUGUGUGUAUAUAUGUGUAUUUAUAAACGAGUGUGAGUGUGUGAGUAACAAAUGAGCUCCAUAGUUGCCCCUUCCGCAUGUGUAUUCCACACAGAGGUGGCCGCUUGUCCUCAGGAACGAACCUGCCACCGUCAGUUACAACAAGCAAUCGUUUUACAGAAAUCUGUAUUAGGGCGAAUCGACACUUUAAGAACUCUCAUUGAAGUUAAUUUCUAAUAUCAUAACUCUUAAAGCUGAAUUUGGGUUGGAGGAGAAUGUACUAAAAUCGUGGGGGGUUGUUUCCAAUUUUAUGUUACAGUAGGAACCAUAGCAUCUUUUAAUUCAGCUACAUAAGGUAAAAGGAGUAGUUCCCUUUACUCAUUCUUUUCAUUUUUGGUCAUUAGUGUUCUCCAAAUUGAUCAAUAAUUUCGUGUAUGAUGCUGAAUUACGUUCUUUGAAUGAUUCGGCUGCAAACACGGCCCUCUGCUUGCUCCAGUCCAGUUCUUGUUACGGAGGAGGGAGGGUCAGUCUCCCUCCAUGUCCUGCCCUGUGUCCACCUAGGGAAGCAGGUGACAGGCAGAAGUAGUACAUGCCAUCUAGUGGCUUCGGCCACAGCCCCACGGGAGAAACUCACCGUCAUGGCCUUCUGUGUUCAUUCCACUGUGUGAGGAGUCUGCUUUCCGUAAUGGCACAUGAAAUGAUAGUUCCCAUCCAGUUGGUCUCCCUUCCCACAUCAGCCCAUCAGACGUGCGCGGUCUGUUAGUGAUCCUUAGUAGAGCCUGCACUACGACUUUAUCUCCUAAGUUUUCAAUAAGAUAGCAUUUUGUCCCUUCAUCUCUUCUUCCUUAGCUCACCGUCCCCCGCCGCCUCACUCCCCAUGCCCGCUGUGUUGGUGACGAGCAGUGACCGUCAGUACCUUGGGGUGACCUCCUGCCACCCCCUUGCUCUGGUCAAGCGUCUGUCUCUGCGGUGUUGGAUAUCCGCACAUGCGUGAAUGGAGAGCUGUGCACAGACUGGCAGGGUUGAAGUGGCUUCACUUAACGUUGUGGGCAUUAUUGGACACAUCUUUUUAAAAAAGAAUAGCAGGCUGAACCUAAACCAUGCCACAUCCUGGUUAUUGAUUUAUUGCUGAGCGUGGGAUUCUGGUUUCUGUUCCUCUGGACUGCACAGGUCUGUGUCGUCACUGACUUGGGAGACGUCACUUCAGCUUCAGAACAUUGUGACUGCUUGCCAGGCUUUCCUUUGAGUCAAAUAUCUGAAAUCUGAGUAUGUCCCACUUGUAAAUUGUAAAAUGUGGAAGGAAUGUUACUUUUAAUAACAAUUUUAAGUACAUACAACAUUCAAGAUCUUCAGGACUUCUUAAAGCACAUUUGAAAUUAUUUUAGUAAGAAUUUUGUUUUAAUAAUACAUGUUGAACUUUUAUUUUUAGUUAAACACAAAGCUUAGAUUUUCAGAGAGCAGGAGAAAGAAUAGCUGGUGGUCCCAGAGUGUGCUGCUGUUAAUUGUUUAAUUAACAAAGGGGAAAAUGUAUAUAAACAGAUAUAAAAGCUACCAUAAAUUCCAUGAACUUAAAUCUGUGAUUCAUUGCCUUAAAACUUUCUCUCUUAGAAUUUCCAUACCGCAUGCCAAACCAGUAAAAUGGCUUUUAAAAAGAAAUGUAUAGUAGACCACUGUCAGUUUGUAUAAAAGUACCAAGUGAAAAUAUUUAUUACAUGCAUUGGAAAAAAAAAUUGUUUACCUAUUGAAUGUUACCUGUUUAUGUAGAGCUCUUUAGCUGUAAUAAAAGAAAAGCCUUCAGUUAA